AUGGUAGUGAGACUGAAGAGGAACACUGGUACUGAUACUGCAGCUGAAGGAAUAUAUCGAUGUUCAAUUAAUGAUGCAGAAUCCACACCCCAUUCAAUUUAUGUAGGACUGUACACCAGUGGAAGAGGUCAAAUCAUGCUAUCUACACUUCCUCCACACUCCAUCACCAGUGGAGCCAGUCCUCAGUUCACCCUCACCUGUAUCUCCACUGGUGGACCUGCUACCACUGUCACUUGGACCAGAGACUCCACCACUGUCACCCAAGGAACCCAGACUGUGUUGAAUGACCCAGUGACUGCCAAAUAUACUCACACCUUGAAUGUGACCACAGCAGGAGAUUACAUAUGUACUGUGUCUAAUAUUGCUUUCUCUGCUUCGGCUACUAUCUCAUUAGAAGGAACAUCACCUCCCACUGGUGUGACAGCAGUCCAGGAUGGUCCCACUAGUAUCCUAGUGUCUUGGGGUCCAUCCAGUGAUGCCACUGGCUAUAGAAUUGACUAUGAUGGUGGAGGCAUUCAUGAUAGGGUAGAGCUCGGUGCUGAUUCUACACGUUUGAAACUUACUGAUCUUACUAUUGGAGAGACCUACACCAUAUCCAUUGUAGCUACGUCUCCAAACCAACUGGCAAGUUCCCCCAUCAUGAAACAAGUUAGACUAGUGUCGACUCCAGCCCAGCCACCCCAGGCAGUGGUGGACACCGAUGCCGUUGUGGCCACAGCAGAUACAAUCACUAUCUCCUGG